GCGCACACUCGCUCGGUGGCUCGUAUUUUCGACGUGGCCCGCGUGUCGCCCGUUCGCGGAAUCAAUACCCUUCGAGAGUGCCGGUCUUCGUUGACACGUAAAUAUUAAUCGUCCGCCCGAUAUACGCGUCGAUAGUCGAACCGGAUCCUCUUCGCAUUGAUGCAGCUUUGUCGCGACUCAUUGUGGCUUGUGGUUUUACUAUAUUGUAACAGGUGGACUAGAGUGUCGACAUGGGUAAGGAGAAAAUUCACAUAAACAUCGUGGUGAUAGGCCACGUCGACUCGGGCAAGUCGACCACUACCGGACACCUAAUUUACAAAUGCGGUGGUAUCGACAAACGUACCAUCGAGAAAUUCGAGAAGGAGGCCCAGGAGAUGGGCAAGGGUUCGUUCAAGUAUGCCUGGGUCCUGGACAAGCUCAAGGCUGAGCGCGAGCGUGGCAUCACGAUCGACAUAGCUCUCUGGAAAUUCGAGACUGCCAAAUACUAUGUCACGAUUAUCGACGCCCCGGGUCAUCGUGACUUCAUUAAGAAUAUGAUCACAGGAACCAGCCAGGCGGACUGCGCAGUGCUGAUAGUAGCAGCUGGUAUAGGCGAGUUCGAGGCUGGCAUCUCAAAGAAUGGUCAAACUCGCGAACACGCUCUACUGGCAUUCACAUUAGGUGUGAAGCAGCUGAUCGUGGGGGUGAACAAGAUGGACAUGACCGAGCCACCAUACUCUGAGAGCCGUUUCGAGGAGAUCAAGAAGGAGGUAUCGUCCUACAUCAAGAAAAUCGGCUACGUCACCGCGUCAGUUGCUUUCGUACCGAUUUCUGGUUGGCACGGCGACAACAUGCUCGAACCCUCGCCAAAGACACCCUGGUACAAAGGGUGGAAGGUGGAGCGUAAAGAUGGUAAUGCUGAUGGCAAGACGCUGAUCGAGGCCUUAGACGCCAUUUUGCCACCGUCCAGGCCUACAGACAAGGCUCUUCGUCUGCCUCUUCAGGAUGUUUACAAGAUUGGCGGUAUCGGCACCGUACCUGUCGGUCGCGUGGAGACGGGCAUUCUGAAACCAGGUAUGCUGGUGACUUUCGCCCCAGCAGCGUUGACCACCGAGGUGAAAUCUGUGGAGAUGCACCAUGAGGCCCUGACGGAGGCCCUGCCAGGCGACAACGUCGGCUUCAACGUGAAGAAUAUCUCUGUGAAGGAGCUGAGACGCGGCUACGUGGCUGGCGACUCCAAGAACCAGCCACCUAGAGGGGCAGCGGACUUCACAGCUCAGGUGAUCGUCCUGAACCAUCCUGGACAGAUCAGUAACGGGUACACGCCCGUUCUCGACUGUCACACCGCCCAUAUCGCCUGCAAAUUCGCGGAGAUCAAGGAGAGGUGCGACCGUCGUACGGGCAAGACCACCGAGGAGAACCCUAAAAGCAUCAAGAGCGGGGACGCCGCCAUAGUGAUGCUCCUGCCGACCAAACCGAUGUGCGUGGAGGCGUUCCAGGAGUUUCCGCCGCUGGGUCGCUUCGCUGUGCGCGAUAUGCGUCAGACAGUCGCCGUGGGCGUCAUCAAGAGCGUCACUUUCAAGGAUACCCAGGGCAAGGUCACAAAGGCCGCGGAGAAGGCCCAGAAGAAAAAGUAACCAUCAAGCUUCCUCGGAAGCUCGCAGCCCGCCGGCUGUCGCCCGACGAGCGUCUCCGCGAAGGGAGCCUCAUCCAGGAUGCAGUACACGGCGGCUGCCCCAUUCAACUCAUACUCAACUACUAAUACAAAACGUGAAAAGAUGUUGUGCUUACCCCCGUUACAUUAUCCGGUAGUAUUGAAUCCGCGCAUCUAUCCGAACCUGCACAUUCAGUUCACCCACGCCCCGCGCACGCCCCACAUAUGCUAGGUGGAAUUCUUACGUUUUUACAACAAUUCUUACAUUGACGAAUAUGUGUCCAAUUACAGGUAAUACUCAGUUCCCUUGGACUCUGUGUAGUUAGGUUUUUCAAUUAAAUAUACAUGUACACCGAAGACGUUUACGGGAUGUCGCGUAACGACUACCAGCACGCGAGAACGAUAACGAGGCAGCGGCUUUUGGCCAUCAUCGUCGACCACACACGACUUGAAACUACACAUACACAUACAUACACACAUGUGUACACGCUUGCUUCGAUACGUCGAACAUUAUCCGCGUCGAAUAUCGAGUCGCAAUCAUCCUUCCUGCGCGAUCGGCUAGCUCAACCCGCCAUGACAAACGGACACCCUCACCCCUCCGCUGUCUCGCAUCCCUGACAAUUUUUUAAUCGAUUCGUUUCAAAGGAUUCGUUAAGGCUGAUUUCGUUGAAGACUUAGUUGCCUCGCCGCGAAUAAUUUUAUUACUCGUAUAAGAAUGUAUUUAUCUCUAGUUAGGGAUCAUUAGACUGUGUUCCCCGUCCCUUUUGCGACUCGUGGCUGAGCUCGCUGGUGAUAACAGUGAGAUUAUAGUCCCCUUGGCGAGCGAGCUUUCACGCACGGGUCGCCUGUGUUAAUCUGGAAAUACCCCUGAUAGACGCGUUCUACGAUUGUUUUGACCCUUAGCCAGUAUUAUGUUGAUGUAAUAAAAAAAAAAUUUUAAUUGCA